CAUUUUUUUUGUAUCACUGCAUUGCCCCCGAAAGAUUUAGGCUCCGCACCAGAAUCUUUUCAGUUACAUUCAAGAUUAAGAUGGCAGACACACUUGAAGACACAAGUUUCAUCUUCUCAAGAAAGGGGAUCGUUUUAACUCUUGAAAUGGCCCUGUGUCUCAUUGCAACCAUUUGUAAAGCAGUGUCUCUUGGAUGCUACUUGUGGGGCUCCAUUGUUGAGCUGGUCUGGGCCAUUAUCAUAUUCAUCAUUUAUGCAAUGAAACUGGACGUACUGCUGAGGUUUUUGCCAUGGACGGACUUCUUCAGAGCGAUCACAGGCACACUUCUGCUUUUCAUAUGUUCUCUUGUCUGCCUUAAGUUUGCAGUGGAACAGGGAUUUUCUUUGGAAAUUGCUGGCUCGGUUUUUGGUUUGCUGGCAGCAACAGUGUUUGGAUUUGACACCUUAUGCAUAAUAGCACAAAUCAAGGAACGGAAUGAGGAAUCUAAUAUCAUUCUGAUCUGAACAACAGACAAAUUGGAUACAGGAUGGGAACUUGUGUACAGUUAACCAAUUACAAUGAGAAUUUUCCAGUAAUUUCAUGUCUAAGUGGAUUUUAGAACUAUUUUAUUGCAAGGUUGUAAAAUUAUUUUUUUUCUUGGUUUGCGUCACUUUUACAAGCAUGCCACAAUUUGUUCAAGCAAUGCACAUCAAGAAUAAAACAGUUCUCUUUUAA